AUGAUCGAGACAAGUCGGUCGUGGUCGACUGCGUUCUGCGUGGUAUCAUGGAUAUUCUGGUCUAACAUCACCAUCCUCUUCAACAAAUGGAUUAUCGAGACGGCCCAAUUCAAAUUCCCUGUCAUCCUCCCAACAUGGCACCUCAUCUUCGCCACGCUGGCCACGCAGGUCCUCGCUCGCACGACAACUCUACUGGACGGUCGAAAGAACCUCAAAUUGACGCCGGGGUUACUCUUUCGCACGUUGGGUCCCAUCGCCGUGCUGAAUAGCGGGAGUUUGAUCUGCAGUAAUAUGGUGUAUCUGUAUCUGAGUGUGCCAUUUUCGCAGAUGUUGAAGGCAACCGGCCCAGUAAUAACCCUUCUAACAAGCUGGCUCUGGGCCGUGUCCACACCCUCCAAAACCGCCCUCAUCAACAUCCUGAUCCUAACAGCCAGCAUCGCCUUCACGACAACCGGCGAACUGCACUUCUCCUGGCCAGGUCUCGGCUUCCAGCUCGCGGCGCUCGCCUUCGACGCCAACCGGCUCAUUCUCAUCCAGAUCCUGCUAGCAGACGAUGAUCCCGCGCGGUCGAUGGACCCGCUCGUGAGUCUGUAUUACUAUGCGCCUAUGUGCGCGGCUAUCAAUGCUGUCGUUGUCUGGUUUACUGAGUGGGAGGCGUUCUCAUGGGAGGCGGUGCUCCAGACGGGGGUGGGGGUGUUGGUGUUGAAUGCUGCUGGGGGAUUUAUUCUGAAUGUGGUGGUGUUUUUGUUGAUCAGACAAACCUCCGGCCUAACCACCACCCUCGUCAGCAUCCCCAAGAACAUCCUGCUUGUCUUUGCAGCUGUCCUCAUCUGGGAUACCCCGGUGACAACACGACAGGUAAUCGGGUACGCAGUGGCGCUGGCAGCGCUGCUCAAUUACUCGGUGGGAUUGGGGACGAUCGCGCAUCGGGUGGGGGGUGGUAUUCGGGGAUGGAUUGGGAUGGGAGGGAAGGGUGGGAUUACGGAUGGGAGGGAGAGGAAGGGGGAUGGUGAGGCUGUGUAG